GCGGUGCGGUGCCGGUGGGGCGGUGUUGUGCUGUGCUGUGCGGUGCCGGUGGGGCGGAGCGGCGCCGUGCGGUGGCGUGUAGCGGUGCCGUGCGGUGCGGUGCCGGUGGGGCGGACCGGUGCGGUGGCGUGUAGCGGUGCCGUGCGGUGCGGUGGCGUGUAGCGGUGCGGUGCGGUGCCGGCGGGGCGGGCGGCUGCCCCCCGGGGCAGGGCGGCGGGCGGGGCCUGUGGCGGCGGCGGCGGCGUUAAGGGCCGGUUCGGCCGCCCUCGCUGCGGCUGGCGGCGCUGCUGCCGGCGGGGCAUGGCCCGGCGCUAGCGGGAGCGGGGCGGCCGCGGGGCCGGUGGCCGCCAUUGCCGUCGCCAUGGGGCGGUACUCGGGGAAGACGUGCCGCCUCAUCUUCAUGCUGGUGCUGACCGCCGGCUUCUUCGUGGCCGAGCUGGUGUCGGGCUACCUGGGCAACUCCAUCGCCUUGGUGUCCGACUCCUUCAACAUGCUCUCGGACCUCAUCUCCCUCUGCGUCGGCCUCUCCACGGGGCGCAUCGCCCGCCGCAGCCACCGCGGUCCCCGCGCCACCUACGGCUACAGCCGCGCCGAGGCGGUGGGCGCCCUCAGCAACGCCGUCUUCCUCACCGCCCUCUGCUUCACCAUCUUCGUGGAGGCCAUCCUGCGCCUCGCCCGGCCCGAGCCCAUCGAUGACGCCCAGCUGGUGCUCAUCGUCGGCACCCUCGGCCUCGCCGUCAACCUCGUGGGGCUCCUCGUCUUCCAGGACUGGGGCACCUGCUGCCGCCGCCGCCACCCACCCGCCGCCACCACGGCCCGUGGCCCCCUGCCCGGGGCAGCCGAUGAAGCAGGUGAUUCACCAAAUGACCAAAAAAGCCCUGAAGAGGGGUCUGAGAAGAAAAAAGAGAAAAAGUCCGAAGCCUUGAACAUCAGAGGUGUUCUUUUGCACGUUAUGGGAGAUGCACUUGGAUCUGUGGUCGUGGUAGUUGCUGCUACAAUAUUCCAUGUACUUCCUCUGGGGAAUGCUCCAUGUAAUUGGCAGUGCUACAUUGAUCCAAGCCUGACAAUAAUUAUGGUGUUCAUCAUCUUGUCUUCUGCCUUCCCACUUAUCAAAGAGACCUCAAUUAUUUUGUUGCAGAUGGUUCCCAAAGGUGUUAAUAUGCAACUACUGACUGACAGACUAGCUCGUGUACCAGGGGUUAGCAGCCUGCACGAGGUGCAUGUCUGGGAGCUUGCAGGUGGGAAGAAUAUCGCUACUCUUCAUAUCAAAUGCCAAACCCCUACUGAUUACCAAGAUGCUGCUUACAAAAUACGGAAGGUUUUCCACGAAGCAGGGAUCCAUUCUGUGACCAUCCAGCCCGAGUACAUCGACCGCAAGACCUCCCAGCUACUGUGCAGCUCACCCUGCAUCUCAAAAGCCUGUGACUCUCAGCUGUGCUGCAGCCAGCGGGAGCCCCCCCUGGCUAAAAGUAAUGGCUAUACCGAGAAAAAUGAUAGCUGCCUUUCUGCACCGCAUAAAGACAAUGGUUCAUGUAAAAAUGAUAUUGAAAUCCCUAUUGAGUACCCACUGGCAGAGGAUAGCAUUAAAAAUGUGAAAAAUUGUGAUGCAUCCGAUGACAAAUCGCAGCUGAGCAGUACACGACUUUAGGCAGUUCCCCCUACUCCACGUAAUGUUUUUGUGGAACAAGCGUAUCUUGGCUGGGAAGGGGGGCGUUGGUGGCUGUAGCUGAAGUUGGUGUGGCUAAAAGAUUUCUGUGCUUUAGCUGUAAACCAAAAUACGCCUGAAACCCCUUGUAUCUGAAAUAAGGGUUAAUAUUUCCACGAAGGAUGUUGCGUGCGUCUAACGUUUUUUCUGAUACAGCCUAAUCCAGUUCCUUACCAAACCAUGUGUGAGUUUCUGUCGUUAGAGUGGGUGGGCUGUGCUGCCCUCUGCACUGAUGCUUGCAGUUAAUGGCCAGUGGCACUGGGAAUGAAACGCUGGCCUUGUCUGCUGAAGUGAGCUGUUCUCCUGCAAGCCCUGUGGCCAGUUAAUGAUUGUACUGGGCUGAGUACUGUAUAUUUAUAAAGGACUUCAGUGGAGAUGCUUUACUGAUCCUUAAAACCCAUUUUUGCAUAGACAGUUCGUGUUUAACAGUCACGCUUGUGCUUCUGGCCAGUGGGGUUUGUGAAUGAAAUUAAGAGUGCCUAAGGGGGAGGGGAAGCACUCGGGAAUUUGAACUUGCAUUGUUUUCUUGAUCGACUCCUGUAUUUAGGGACAGAACAGAAGCUGGUCUUGUUUCUCUGCUGGCAAUACUGGAGUCCUAGCCUAAUCACAGAUAAGUAUCCUAAAGAAUAGACUUGUCACGAAAGCAAAGAAAUACUAACAUUGUCUGUACUGAUUCUAGCACGUGGAAGUGCGGGCAGUCAUCCAAUUAACUUUUAUCUUGUUGUGAUUGUACAACUCAGUCAUUUCUUUUUUUUUUUUCUUUCCCCUCCUGACAACGGAAGCUAUAAUAGCCUCGGUCUUAAUUCAUCAUUGUGUGGGAUGGUUGCAGUAUCUUAAACACUGAGUGUCUGUCUUCAUUCAUGCUGAAUAAAUAAGCUAAUGUGUUUAUUAUGAACAUUUAAAAUCCUGCAGUUCUAUGAUUAAGGCAUAACUUAAGAUCAUAUUAACUAAGAAAGCCCCUUUGAAAUUUUAUGUGCAGUAUUAUCACUUAGAGGGAGCUUUACAGAAAAUGACAGGGAAUUUUUUCCUGGUUUAGUCUCAAUUAUUUCUUUAAAGUUCUAAGCCCUUCCCUUUGCCCUGUCUCUCCUCCCCCUGCACAAAGGUGUGUUUGGUAAAGCAGUUCCGUGGUCCUCGUGCUGCUUGCUCUUUUGAAGGCAUGCAAGGGUGCUCUAAGGAAAACCAGAUGAUGUGCCCUGUCAUCGGUGCUGGAUUUAGGUCAGGAGUGUUCCCCAGGUUUCUGGGAGGGGGAACCCACUCCCUAAUCCACACCGAGUAUAAUGUUUGGCCUUACUGGCUGUGCAGCUCAGAUCCAGAAGGUUUCCAAUACGUUUUUCUGUCAAAAGCAGCCUUUCAAUGGUCCGUGUGGCCUGGGCAGGCUGUUUCAUUCAUUUAUUCAUGGAGACAAUUUAUAAAAUAGUGGUCUCUUUACCUCAGUGACACCUUAACAGAACGGGCAAGUGGAUUUCCUCCCUGGGCUGGGAAAGCACCAGUUUGAAAGCAGCCAGCUCCUUAUUAAUAGAGACAAUUACAUUAAGUCAAUGAACAUUAAAACAUGCAGCAGGAUAUUCUGCUGCUUGGGAAAUGGUAUGUACUGAAGCAGUGAUUGCAGUCUAAAUAGCACAUUUCUAGAUUUGUAGUUAACCCUUUUAAACAGAUUCUUGGGUGAAUUAAUAUAUUUUAUAGCCUUCCAUUGUAGGUUUGUGUUAUUUAAAUUAAGCUAUGUGUUAGUAUAAUUAAAAGCUUGAUCCUCCAGUCUGUGAUUCUGUUGGCAGCAGCAGAAGUGAAGGCAGCAGGAUCUUGCUUGGCAGUUAUUGCAUGAAUUAAUGUAAAUCAGGAAAUGUUUUGAGAAUUGCUCUCCCUUUUGAAAGCGUGUGGCAUAAAGUAAGACAGCCCUUUCUUCUGGGUAUUUUUUUGUCCUUAUUUCAUCUAUAAUGAUGUUUAAAUGUCAAGGUUUAGAUGUAAAUAACAAAUAUAUUUAUAGGGGUUUUGAGAACUGGAAUAGAAGGCUCCCAAAAUAACAGCAAGUUCUAUGGGAGAACUUGCUUCCAAGGUAUCCUCUAAAACAACCACCCUUUCAUAAUUAUGCAUUUGUGUCUUAAAUCAGGUAUUUUAUAUAUAUAUAUGCAUUUUAUUAAAUGAUUGAAGGAUGGAAUGGCAGUAGUUUACUCUGAAAUUAGAGAAAACUAGUAUGUGUAAUGUUGGGGCAUUUGACAAAAUGGACCAUCUUUAUCCUUCUACUGUUUGUUAAAACUGUGGGGUUUUUUUAAGCUUUUAAAAGUGUUGUAACCUGAAAAUACAAUGAAGUAAUAUUCUUAAACUUUUUUUCUUGUCUGCUUGAAUGUACUGUAAUUGUUGCCUGUGGAUAAAUAUGAAAAUACCAGGGAUUAUAGAAAUCUUCAGGUCUAGAACUCAAGCAGAUUUUAAAUUUGCUUUAUUAUGUAAGCAAGCAAACCCAACAGAGCUAUGUUAUUGAGGAGAUGAACUUUGCUUUUUCUGUGUAGCAACUUUCAGGGUAUUCAGCUAAGGUUUCUGACCCGGUAUCCUUACCUGCAUUUGAGUCCUGCAACAAAAUAUUGUUCUUCUCUGUUUUAAGUGUGUCACAACUAGGCUGUACUGGGUGGCCCCUCUCUACUUCUGUAGAAGACCUCGUUCCAACCAGUGUGUAUUUUGUAUUGGCUUAUUUCCCUUCAGUUCUUGCCAUCUCACUUCUAAUUCUCUUGAAGUAGGCUUACCUCAUUUUGAAAUACAGUAUAUUUCAGUAUUUUCCCUUAUCUGUGGGCACUUGUUCUAAAUUCAGUUUUGUAGCCUAUUGCACUGUCAGAAAAUCUCCUUUUGGCUUCUUUAGCUUUUUUCCCCCCUCCAGUUCAGUAAUGUAAAAUUACUGAUGAUCGCAGGUUGAUUGUGCUGCUUUGUCCUCUUCAAGUACUCCCUUAUGAUUGCGUUGUGAUGGCAUUUGGGUUCUCUUGCAGUGGUUACCCCUAUCUGUUCAUCACUGUCUGUAGCAAAGGAAAUCUGCUUAAAAUGCAGGUGAAUUUCAACAGGUAGUCCAGUUUACGUGGCCCUCCGAUCCAUAACCAGUCAUAUGUGACCCAGUUGUAUGACAAUGAAACAUUUGCUAGCCUUGCCAGAUAGUUGUGGAGUACAAGUGAAAUUUGCAAUAAAUUAACAUGGCAUUGAAUACAAAAGCAAUUUACUAGCCCUCAUCAGUUAUGGGUCUUUUCUUAAAAGUGAAUCAAUUUUUUGUCACCUUUUUGUAUGCACCAAAUGUGCCAAUUUGAUGGUUAACUUCUCCUUCUUCUGCAACUCCCUAAAUGCAUGCCUUGCCUUUGCUCUUCUAUGUAAAGAAAAAUAUCUGAUGCUAUUUUUAGUAUUGCCUUUUUUCUGCCAGGUUUUCAGUUCUCUUCCUUUUCCUUGUGUUCUUCGCAAUACUUAUUUUGACUUGUAAUGCAACCAGAGGUUUUUUCCUCUUAAUGUUUCCCUUAUUCUUUGUCUCUUCAAAAUAAGCAGUAUGGUUUUGCUAGCCCUCUGGCCAUGGUGAUGUACCUAUAAUACAGUUUAGAAAUACCUCUUUUAUGCACCGGUUUAAUUUUUGCACUCUGUUUUAUUAAAAUUCACCCACUUUUUGCUGCGUGAUACACUUUACCAUUGCAAACCACUUUUGACCCUGUUUAGCUCUUCUUCUUUUCCCCCCUCCCCUACCUGAUUGUUACCCUUACUCUUCUGAAUGCUCUUUUAUUCUGAACUUUGAAGGGGAUAUGCCAACAACUGAAUUUUCCCCGAAGUCAAGUUUACCACCCAAGGUCUAUGGAUGGCUUGAUGUGAGCUACUCCAAGGACUAUUUUAUGUCCUCUGGUCUGUGUAGAAGUGUUGUUUGUCUAAAUAGUCAUCCUGACAUGUAAAUAUAUUUAUAUAUACUCAAAUUCUUUACAAACACUCCACCUGAACCAACUUUUUAAAGAAGGUUGGUCUGUAAACCUGAGAAGGUAUAAUGAAAUCAGUAGGGUUCUUUAGUUGUUCAUUAACACCUUAGGGGAAGGCUUGGCUCACUAAUUGGAAAGCAGGUAAAAGGGAUGUUUCUGAAAAGGUAAUUCAAAAGCUAUGAAGAUUUCUAUAGGUUCUACUACUUACUCUGCUGUACAGCGGAAGCACUUUCUAUGUUAAAUACUUUAUUUGAACAGCGAUACCUUGAUAUGAGGAUGUCACUGUAUAAGAUUGUUACAUUUACGGAGUUGUGUUGCUUAAGUUUCCUCCAGUUUUUCUGUUCAUUAUGUCAUUUAAAUAAUGCGCCAAAAUGUAAUUUCCAUGAUUGCUGAAUCAAUGAACUGUAAAUCUCACCGUGGUUUUGUUAACUCUAAGUGAAAAAUUACUUAAAGUUUUAUGUACAGUUAUAUUUUUUUCAAAAUGAAGUUUGAAUGUCUUAUAAAUAAAGUGUGUUUUUAAGUAAA